AUCUCCUUCAACAACAAGAAAAACCCACCGUUCUUUCUUGCAAAUCAUGGGGAGAUUUAGCCUCUGUCUGGCGUUGUUGCUUUGCCUCGCCAUCUCCACAGCCGAUGCCCAGAGCGCUAGCAACGUCAGGGCGACCUACCACUACUACAACCCCGCGCAGAACGGGUGGGACUUGAAUGCCGUCAGCGCUUACUGCUCGACCUGGGACGCGGGCCAGCCGCUGGCGUGGCGGCAGAAGUACGGUUGGACCGCCUUCUGCGGGCCGGUCGGGCCUCAAGGGCAAGAGGCUUGCGGCAAAUGCUUGAGGAUCACAAACACCAGGACCAAUGCGCAAAUUAUCGCCAGGAUCGUCGACCAGUGCAGCAACGGAGGGCUCGAUCUGGACUACGAAACCAUCUUCCAUCCGCUGGACACCGACGGGAAUGGAUAUAACCAAGGACACCUCAUUGUGAACUAUGAGUUCGUCAACUGUGGUGACUAAAUCGCACCUGGUUUCUAGUUUUCGGAUUUUCAUGCUCAGAAAUAAUAAGACUUUGCUCAGAAAUAAAUGAUCACUUCUUCUGUAAUAGAAGUUGUCAUUACGGAAUAAUAAACAAAAUUAUUGUUAUGA